GGAACUCUGGGCCCCUGUGUCGCCUGUGCUUGUGAGUAUACAUGGCUCAACUCCAGGUCACAAGUACAAGGUUUAGCUGGACCACCCUGCUGGCCCUGUCUCAAUUUACUUACCUGCUAUUGGGGGCCACCAUUUUCCAACUGCUUGAGAAAGAGGCUGAGAGCCAAAAUCGAAACCAUUUUCAGAUGGAGAAACUGUCCUUUCUGGCUAAUUACACCUGCCUGGACGGAGCAGCCUUGGAGAAGUUUGUACAGGUGAUUUUAGAUGCAAGGGAGAGUGGGGUGAACCCUUCAGGAAACUCCACCAACCCAAGCAACUGGGAUUUCGGCAGUUCUUUCUUCUUUGCAGGGACCGUUGUCACCACUAUAGGCUAUGGAAAUCUCUCACCCACCACUUACCCAGGUCAGGUUUUCUGUGUGUUCUAUGCCCUGUGUGGGAUCCCUCUUAACCUGGCCUUUUUGAAUCAGCUUAGCAAGUGUCUCAGCAUUCAUCUGGGACGCUUGGAACACAGGAUGGUGUCAAUGGUGCCUCACAAGCAGUGUGUGGAGGUGCUGGCGGUGGCCUUAUUCCUGCUCAUGGGCAGCGUGCUCUUCCUGAUCUUCCCACCCAUGAUCUUCAGCUAUGUGGAGGGCUGGUCAUACGGAGAGGGCUUCUACUACGUCUUCAUAACACUUAGUACCAUCGGCUUUGGAGACUAUGUGGUUGGUAAUGGCCAGGAGAAGCAAAACGUCUCAUUGUACCGCUGUCUCGCUGCAGUCUGGAUCAUCUUCGCCCUGGCAUGGCUUGCCCUUCUUCUCAACAUAGGUGCCAGGAUCAUGGAGCAUUUUCUCGGCCUCAAAAAGCUCCCUGUUUCUGCCAGGGAUGAGCAAAGAUCUUCGGUAAGAAAACCGGGCGAUGGUCUGAGUACAUCAGAGAACCAACUCCAAGAGAAGGAAAAGGAAAAAGGCUUCUUUAAAAUCAGAAUGGUUUAAGCCCUGUGGUUUUACACUCAAGAAAUGAGCUUUUAUCUAUAAAGUGUACAGUUUGAACUAUUUAGUUUUUUCUUUCUUGUUAUGUUUUUCCAAUAUUUGCAUACAUCUAAUGUGUACAUUAUACUCUGGAUGUCAUACAUCACUUGUGCCAUCUUAAUGACUCUAACUACAUUUACGACAUUCUAUUCAUUUACAACAACUUCUUUAUAUUUUAUGCACAUGCAAUGUUUUUAAAUUGGCAGAGCCCAAAUAUUUCGGUCCACUAUUCUGUGAUUAUGAAGCCAACA